GUCACCAUGGCCGCGGCCUUGGCUCGGCUAGGACUGCGAUCCGUGAAGCAGGUUCGGGUUCAGUUUUGCCCUUUCGAGAACAACGUGGAGUCGACGAGGACCUUCCUCCAAGCAGUGAGCAGCGAGAAGGUCCGCUCCACCAAUCUCAAUUGCACAGUUAUUGCUGACGUGAGGCACGACGGUUCCGAGCCCUGCGUGGACGUGCUGUUCGGAGAUGGGCAUCGCCUGAUAAUGCGCGGCGCUCACCUCACCGCCCAGGAAAUGUUCAUCGCGUUCGCUUCCCACAUCCAGGCCAGAAACCCAGCGGGAAGCCGGGACAAGCCAGGCGCUGGUACUGAGCACUGA